AUGGAAUUCAGUAUUACUGCCAGUCAGAUCAACUGUCGCAGCUUGAUGAGGAUCUGCAGCAAGUCUGACCUUCUAAUGAUUGCUCUCCAGCUAAGGCCGCUGCAGGACUCCCAUGAUUAUGCCACCAUGCAAUUCUGUGCCAACAAACUAGAUAAAAAGGACUUCUUUGGAAAGUCAGACCCCUUCAUGGUCUUCUACAGAAGCAACGAGGAUGGCACGUUUACCAUUUGCCACAAGACCGAAGUGGUGAAGAACACGCUGAACCCUGUGUGGCAGCCCUUCUCCAUCCCUGUCAGAGCGCUCUGCAAUGGAGACUAUGAUAGGACAAUUAAAGUGGAGGUGUAUGACUGGGACAGAGACGGGAGCCAUGAUUUCAUCGGUGAAUUCACCACCAUUUAUAAAGAGCUAUGUCGGGGUCAGAACCAGAUAAACGUCUACGAGGUGGUGAACGCCAAGAAGAAAAUAAAGAAAAAGAGAUACAUCCACUCUGGGACGGUGUCCUUGUUGUCAUUCAAUGUGGAGUCAGAGCACACCUUCCUGGAUUACAUCAAAGGAGGGACUCAGAUUCACUUCACAGUGGCCAUUGAUUUCACUGCAUCAAACGGAAAUCCGUCCCAGUCCACUUCACUGCACUACAUGAACCCGUACCAGAUGAAUGCCUAUGCUAUGGCCCUGAAGGCCGUGGGAGAGAUCAUCCAGGACUACGACAGUGAUAAGAUGUUCCCUGCCCUGGGAUUUGGUGCUAAGCUGCCCCCUGAUGGGAGGGUCUCCCACGAGUUCCCUCUGAAUGGCAACAUUGAGAACCCGUACUGUAACGGCAUGGAGGGGAUUCUCGAAGCUUACCAUCAAAGCCUUAAGACGGUUCAGCUAUAUGGACCCACCAACUUUGCUCCUGUCGUUAAUCAUGUGGCAAGUUAUGCAGCAGCAGUGCAGGACGGGUCUCAGUACUUUGUGCUGCUCAUCAUCACUGAUGGCGUCAUAUCAGACAUGGCUCAGACCAAGGAGGCCAUAGUGAAUGCAGCCAAGCUCCCCAUGUCUAUCAUCAUUGUUGGAGUUGGCCAAGCUGAGUUUGAUGCCAUGAUUGAGCUGGAUGGUGAUGACAUCAGGAUUUCCUCGCGGGGGAAGUUGGCAGAGAGAGAUAUUGUACAGUUUGUCCCAUUCAGAGACUACAUGGACCGCACAGGCAACCACGUGCUGAGCAUGGCGCGGCUGGCUAAAGACGUACUGGCCGAGAUCCCUGACCAGCUGAUCUCCUACAUGAAGAGCAGAGGCAUUAAACCUAACCCUGUCCCAGCGACUUAUUCAUUUGGGGAUCAACCCCAGACCAACCCCGUCUGA